UAAUUAGAGGAGUUGCCAGAGCAAGAGAUUCGAAGUCCAACUGCUGCUGCUGGUGGUUGUUGCUACUCUAUCUUACUUGUGAUGUUGGAUAUGGGAGAAAGAAAAGAAGUCAAAAUGAUUCCUAAAUCAUCGUUCAGUAUAAACAGUCUGGUUCCCGAAGCCGUGCAAAGCGACAACCACCAUCACCACCACCACCAGCAACAACAACACCACCACAGAACGGUGCACGAAGAAGAAGAGAAGACUCCUUUACCUGCCCAAGUACAGGAGCAAAAGUCGGAGAACACUUGCGCUAAAAGUGACAAUUCAUCCCACGACUCCUCGUGCACGGACGAGAAGGAGAAGCAGGAAGAAAAACGGGACGCGAAAGAGGGCGAAGGAGGCAAAGAAGGCGACAAGAAAAACGGCAAGUACGAGAAACCACCUUUUAGCUACAACGCUUUGAUUAUGAUGGCCAUUCGGCAGAGUCCGGAGAAGCGAUUAACCCUUAACGGCAUUUACGAGUUCAUUAUGAAAAAUUUCCCGUAUUACCGGGAGAACAAGCAGGGAUGGCAGAAUUCCAUCAGACACAACUUGAGUUUGAACAAAUGUUUUGUCAAAGUGCCCCGACAUUACGAUGACCCCGGGAAGGGGAACUACUGGAUGCUUGACCCCUCCAGCGACGACGUGUUCAUCGGUGGCACGACGGGCAAACUUCGGCGGAGGUCGACCACUUCUAGGGCAAAGCUGGCGUUUAAAAGAGGCGCGAGGCUUACUUCCACCGGACUGACUUUUAUGGAUAGAGCUGGCUCUUUAUAUUGGCCCAUGUCGCCGUUCCUGUCGCUCCACCAUCCGAGGGCGAGCAGCGCGUUGAGUUACAACGGCGCGUCGUCGGCUUACCCUAGUCACCCAAUGUCCUAUAGCACAAUGUUGACUCAAAACAGUUUGGGGAACAAUCACUCUUUCCCGGCCUCAAAUGGCUUGAGUGUUGAAAGACUCGUAAAUGGAGAGAUUCCGUACGCCACACACCACCUCACAGCGGCUGCUUUGGCCGCCUCAGUGCCAUGUGGGCUCUCCGUACCCUGCUCCGGGACGUACUCUUUGAAUCCGUGUUCGGUGAACCUGCUCGCGGGCCAGACCAGUUAUUUCUUCCCCCAUGUACCUCACCCAUCCAUGACCUCCCAGAGCAGCACGUCCAUGAGCUCCCGAGCCGCCUCUUCCUCCUCCCCGCAAACGGCCUCUUCUCUCCCGUGUGACUCCUUAAGGCCUUCCCUACCCAGUUUUUCCUCCGGACUUUCCAGCGCUUCUGACUACUUCACACAUCAGAAUCAAGGGUCAACAUCAAAUCCACUUAUACACUAACUAGCAUCCACAGGAUCAGACUAUGUCUGGCAGUGUGUGCUGCAGUAGCCUGAAUCCACCCUGUGAUGCGUUACUCACCCAUGCUGAGAAUGUUUACAGUUGUAAUCAAGGUCCAUGUAACUUGUUUGUGAAAUGUUUUGCCUUUAUGUUUUAGAGGUGCUAUACAAUUUGCAAAUAGUAGGGCAUGAAGUCACAGUUUGAUUAAAUUGCUGUCAGUACAAAAAAAAAGAAGAAGAGAAAACAGAAGCAUUGU